CUGUCGCUGGGCUAGGGGACCUAUUCGUCGUCCCUGCAUCGUGCGUAGGUUGAGCGUCAUGUGCAGACGCGGAGCGUUGGUCGGCUCCAUCUGUCUGGAUACUCUCAUCAGGAGGCAUGUUGCCAAAGGAGACUAAAGUGGUGAGCUGCUAUUCCAGGACAUAUAGCGCAUUGCGUCUUUAUAGACAACGGCGUGGCAGCCACAAGCGGAUGAGCAGUACAGACCCGACAGUUGGUGGGACGGCCGGCUUCCACAAACUGAGCCCUGGUAGGACUAGCCAUCCCUCAGCCAGAAUAUGCGGUUCGUUGUGGCCGAGAGCUAUGCGUCUGUCGCUCAGCGUGGGACGCUGGUCCAAGGUCGCGGAGGUUAAAAGACCAUGCUCCCUCGCUUCUGGCCGUCUCCUGCUUCCUCGACCAUACAGUAUUUCCAGUCAGACCCUGCGAAGCGGGUACAGAAACAUGGCACGAACUAUAGUUCCGAGCGUUGCGCUGGACCAGCCAAGCCCCUUUGAGGCACGUCCUGGCAUGUCCCGACAAACUGUGUUGCUAGACGCACCGUUAUUUGGCAUCACGCUUCCGACUACACCGAGUAAUGCAGAGCCUCAUGUCGCGCAUCCACCGCGUGUUGAGAGGGUUUGGAUUCCUCGGGCCAUCGCGUUGUCCGAUCGCAGGCGCGUCUUUGCGUGCCAUUUGGCAUUGCAACAGGCGCUCCUGCAAACGGACUCCUCGCCCAAGCAGAGCGAGUGAUGAUUGACCCGUGGACUGCUAGUGACUACCGGGUUGUGUCCGCCCGGGACGCCCAUUUCGCUGGUGAUAGCCAACCACGAACGUGGCGCGUAGCGGCCGUGGCAUCAGGUGCUAUGCCACACAGUGAUCGGGCGACAUCGUGAUACCAGUCGCACCUUCUUGCAGCGGCUGGCUGUACUUCCUGACAUCUAAUCACAUGGGUUGUUUGG